UUGAUUCGGUAUUGUCAAAGAAAAUGCAGAUCCAUUUUGCCUCUUUGGUUUCUGUUGGUUGGAUAUCUUCUCUACUCAUGUCUACAAGUUAUGGUUAUUCAAAACAAAGGUUCAUUUGGAUAUUUCAAUUUUUAUGUAUUUGGCUGUUCUUUGGAGUAGCGGAAAGUGGUAACCACCAACUGAAGCCUUAUACCGAAUAUUCCUAUUCAUCCAAACUAGUACCCCUCACCGAUCUCACCCCAUCUUCUGGAACUUGGCCACUUGCUAUGCAACAAAUAGCUGAAAUCAUAGAAAGAAAGGGUUACUUGGAUACCUACGACUGGAAUGGAAUCUUGCAACAAAUAUCUUAUCAAGUAUCUUUAAGAGAUGAUAUGUUCUGGUUGAGAGCUUCCAAUACUUCUUCAAAUAGCUCUUCUUCCUUACAACCUGGACAGAUUGAAGUCAGAUGUAUUGAACAGAAUACUAUGACUUAUCGUUUCUCUUGUCCUUCUCCUCCCAUCGACGCUGGUAUUUUCUCAGGUACAAUAUCUUGUGGUUCAUAAUAAAUAAUACAACAUUCUUCUUGGGAUGAUAAUGAUUGAUGAU